AUGGCUCAGUUUGCCCAGGUUCUAACUGAAAUAGGUGACUUUGGUCGCUUCCAGAUACAGUUAACGAUCCUGACGAGUAUUCCCAAUUUCCUGUCUCCCUUCUACGUAUUUUGCCAGGCCUUCAUGGUCCUGGAUGAGACCCACUACUGUUCAGUGGCCUGGGUCAAGAACCACACACUCAACCUGAGUGUAGCUGAGCAGCUGGCACUGAGUGUGCCUUUGGAUGCUGAGGGCAGACCUGAGUCCUGCCUCAUGUUCCGGCCACCCCCCAGUGACGCCAGCCUGGAGGACAUCCUCAGCCACCGCUUCAAUGAGACACAACCUUGUGAGACCAACUGGCACUAUCCUGAGGACAGGCCCCGAUCCCUGAUGAAUGAGUUCAACCUGGUGUGCCAUCGGAAGCACCUGAAGGAGACCUCGCAGUCGGUGUUCAUGUCCGGACUCCUCAUUGGGGCCCUCGUCUUUGGGCCACUCUGUGACUGGAUUGGCCGCAAAACAUCUCUCCUGGUACAGCUGCUCCUGACUACGGUCGUGGGCCUAGUCACCGCCUUUGUGCCCAACUUUGAGUUAUACAUGGCCCUGCGCUUUGUUGUGGCUACUGCUAUCUCAGGAUUUAUCUUAAGCACGGUUGUCCUGAUUUCAGAGUGGGUGAGCCCCUCAUGGAGAACUCGGGCUGUGAUCCUGACCCAGGUCACUUUCGCCUUUGGGCAAAUGGUGCUAGCCGGACUUGCAUAUGGUAUCCGCAACUGGAGGCUCCUGCAGAUUGCUGGUGCCGCACCUAUGUUGCUGCUCUUCUUCUACAUCUGGGCUCUGCCAGAAUCUGCUCGGUGGCUCCUCACCCAGGGAAGGAUAGAGGAAGCCAGACAACUGGUCCAGAAGGCAGCCUCAGUCAACAGGCGGAAAAUCUCCCCGGAGCUCCUAAACCAGUUGGUCCCAGAAAAGACAGCCUCCUCAGGGAAUGCCUUGGAUCUUUUUAGACACCCCCAUCUUCGGAAGGUGACCCUGAUUCUCAUCUGUGUCUGGUUUGUGGACAGUCUGGGGUACUAUGGCCUCAGCCUCCAAGUGGGAGACUUUGGCCUGGACAUCUACCUGACACAGCUAAUAUUUGGAGCCAUCGAGGUACCCGCCCGUCUUCUCAGCAUCUUCAUGAUGGAGAAGUUUGGCCGCAAGUGGAGUCAGAUGGGGACUCUGAUUCUGGGUGGCCUCAUGUGUAUCAUUAUCAUCUUUAUCCCAGCAGAUCUGCCCUUGGUAGUCACCACGCUGGCUGUGGUGGGGAAGUUCGCCACUUCUGCUGGCUUUACCAUCUCCUACUUGUACACUGUUGAGCUCUUUCCCACAGUUGUCCGACAAACAGGCAUGGGACUGGUGAGCAUCUUCUCAAGAUUGGGUGGCAUCAUCACACCACUUGUGGUCCUGCUGGGCGAGUACUAUAAGGGACUCCCUAUGCUCAUCUAUGGCAGCUUCCCCAUCGGGGCAGGAAUACUCUGUAUUCUACUGCCAGAGACACGUGGCCAGACUCUGAAGGACACCAUCCAGGACCUGGAUCAGGGGCCCCACGCACGGUCCCUGGUGGCAAUGCCCCCAGAAAAAGAAAUGGAGGCCACGGGAAGAACUUCUAGUCCAGGGGUGACCACUGUGAGCAGCACCUGCUUCUAA